AUGAAUCAGAAGCGGACAAAAUGCCAAAAGAAGACAGUUCCGUAUGGUCUCGGAGGCCCUUCUCGAUCCAGAAGAUCGCUGAAGGACAUGGUGCCAGAGAUGCUCGCUGAACCUAGCAGCAGAUGCCGAUGCGCCAACCAGAAGGACAAGAAAUGUCUGAACUUCUGCCAGACAGGAAAAGAUCUCUGGGCUCAGUCCACAGUGGAGAAAACCUCGCGUCGCCAUGACAAAGCUGGCAGUUGCAUUGGACCCAAAUGCAUGAACCGACAGCUUGUUGACAGCAAGAAAAUGAAGCGGCUGGAAGCCAUUGGUAACAGUAUCAAAGCUUCCUUCAGUAUUGCAAAGCUGAAGGCUGAGCUCCAGAAAGGACGGAAGCUGAAACAUAACAGGGCGAACAAAAGGCAAAGCGUCUGGGAAAGUCUGAAAGCAUCCUAGUGGGAAGAUCACCUGAGUCUUUCUUCAUCACACUUGCUGACAAAGCGUCACCAAAACUCUCUCUUGACUUCUAACAUUCCACGACGGCGAAGGGCCUCUCUGUCCAAGUGUUUGUGCAGCAGAGCAAAACACUAAUGGAGUCCCAUAUUUGGAGGUAUAAAAGAAAAGGAUUUCAUCAUUUUGGAAUUCAGAUGGAUGGGUAGAGGGGGUGAAGGGGAAUCCGCGGUAGCAUACAUGAAAAGCCAUCUUUCUGAAGAAACAUUUGAAUAUUGCUUCUGGAAUGUUACCCAUCAAUUGAGCAGCUUUCAGGGUCUACAUCAAAAGCAUCUUGCAAGGAAGACCUCACAGAUGUGCUUAGAAAGGACAGAAAGCAAGAUCUGAGUGGACAAACUUCAAAGCAAAAAACUCUACCUUUUGAUUAAACUGCAAAAAUGAAAGCCAUAGUGCUACUUUAAUCAGGACUUACUGCAUAUAUACAUGUCUACCUCGCGUACUGUUUGUUGCACUCCUGCUAGAGUAUUUUUACACCUUGUUAUUGCCUUUACUAAUCAGCUGCAACCCUUUGCCUUUUUUCAGAAGUCUAGUUUACUUGUACAACCAGAGUUAUCUGAAUGUGGGUUAGGCGCUGUGGUUGUUUGCAUAGUCAAAGUCCUUUGGUUUUGAUACCAAAGGACUCUUCAACAUAAAAUAAAAGUUAGAGGACACUACUAGGUUUCCCAUAACAAGGAUAUUUGGCUAACUGAAGUUCUAAAAAUAGAGGUUGUUGUGUCUUACAUGCCACCAAAAAUGCACUGAAGUGGGGAUGUACCAGAGGCUGUUGUGAGGUUUAUUCAGUGCCUCGUUUGGCGUAAAUGCAUCGAGACAAAGGGUUGUUUUGAAUUAUGUCAAAAGGCUAAUAUUGGGUGAAUGUUUGGAGCAGUGAAUUUGUUCACAUUGUUGAAUUUGCUGACAGGUUGAAUCUUAUGUGCUUAUUUUUUGUGUUUUGUAUUUAUAUUCACACAAGUUCUUCAUUAUAUUUACCAUGUUGAAUACACAUUGAAGCAGGCCAUAUUGGUCUAUGCAUGUUUUAUCUAUUUCUGUAUGAAAUUGGGAAAUGCUUUAUGCCUAUCAAGGUAAAUAUCUUCAGAAAUAAAUAUUUUUAAUUACUGUA